CUCACCCCCCGCCAAAACGCCGCGUGCUUCGUAACCGGCACCAAAGCCCUCCCCGCAGAAGUAGCAAACAUAGCCACCGCCCUCUCCAACAGCGUAACUUGCUCCGCGGCCAAGAAAACAAUCUCAAACGUCCCCGACGUAACCUCUGGCGCCGUGACCUUCUCUUCCAUCGACUUCAGCAAAGCAGGUAACGGCCAGACUCCGCUCGCAUUCGCACUGGAUAAAUUUGCUACUGCGGACCCACUGGCGAGCACGGAUUUGAAGAAGUUCCAGGAUAGUCUGGAUGUGUAUCAGGCGACUGAGGCGGGAAUAAGGAGUGAGGGAGGCAGUCUGGCGAUUAAGGUGCCCAAGUUCUUUUUGGAGAUGCAGGUUAGUCGCAUUCAGACGGCGCAGGGAAACCCGCCUACGGCCGCGGGGCUGCAGGUGGAUCAUUUGAGGGAUAAGGUUACGAAGAACGGGGCCAAGGAGAGCAAGGCGCUGCUCGAUCAGGUGGUUGCUUUGGCUGCGAAGUUGACUUGA